UUCAGUACCAUUUCAACAACGAUGCGGAAAACAACAAUCAGAUCGUAGUCCAUUUUGUGUGAAGCAAACCUGCUUGGGUCCAUCGGUAUAACUUAGUCUUGCAGUUUGAAUUGAUUAAUAAAUGUGUCUCAGUGUGGAACAGUGAAUGAAAGUGUAUCUAAACUGGGUCUUCACAUUAUACACAAUAUUGCUACAGAAUGUUCAUGCUUAGCAACCAAAUACACAAGUUUCAAAAUAUUUCCUUGUUAAUGUGGAACCAAUCUGAUGGACUCUAAAGCCAUCCAGUUUGCUUGAUCUACGAACAAGGUCGAUUCGGGUUUAUUGAACCGAGAAACGUGUUACGGCUGCCUAUACUCAACCGCGUUAACUAAUCGCUACAAAUGCAACAUGAUGCCUUCAUGAUGCCCAUGUACACUAUUUUGUAAAUAUGCUUCAUUUUAAAUAAACGAGUCAAAUAAAAAUAUACCGUGUUCCCAGGCGAACCUAAGAUCGAAUAAAUUUAAUAAAUAAGUAAUGAAAAGUGAAUUACCAAGGCAUCUGAGCCACUUGACUAUUCAAAUGAAAUCCACAAUUUACAUAUAUAUUAUGCACGUUAUAUAAUCGAGCUGACCUGUCUCAAUCCUCAACAUAUUUGACAUCUUUCGCACACAUUAAAGCAAUGGCUUCCAGCAGUAGCAACAUUUUCCGCAGAAAAAGUCACAGCCUAACACAUGAGCCAUAUUGUGGUCUGAGAACCGCUGCAAGCAACACGAUUUCAGAUGCUAGCAAGCGAAGGCAAGAAGAAUGUUACUAUCAUCAACCACCUACCUCCCAGCUUCACCUUCAGCUUCAGCCUCAGACACAGCCUCAGCAGCAACGUCAGUGUCGGCCACCUUUACAAUUUGGCCCAUGGCUGAGCGCAAUGACCGCCUAUCGAUUGCUGACAAUCAGCCUCCUAAUUGGAAUUCUGUGUCUACAUCACGUUCACGGAGUGGAUCCCAAAUUCGACCCCUCAACGCGGAUGAGACUAGUUCUGGUGCCGGCUGACGCACAGGUCGGGUCUGUAAUCUACAGAUUGCGUGCAACCGACGAGGAGUUCGACUAUCCAUUGACCUUUGAGUUUAUGGGUGAUGUAUCCUCGUCCACCUUCAAGGUGGAAUCGCUUCCAUGUACCAAGUACAAUUCCGUCUGUCAAGCCAACGUUGUGCUGCAACGACGCCUUGAGUCGGGCCGCUUCUACGAUUUUCAAGUCUCGGUUAGGGACACAAAUGGUGGCAUGGCUACGCAAUUGUGUUCAAUUACAGCAACCAACUUCAGUACACCGCAUGACCUAAUAUUUCCACAUAAGCCGGGCAUCAUCAUGAUACCUGAGGAUGCCAAGAGAGGUACAGAACUUGAUUAUGUAAUUGCCAGAAAGAAUCCACUUUUCCAAAAGCCAGUCUACCUCGAGUUAUGGGGUUCGCCUUUAUUUGCCAUAAGACAAAAAAUUAUAUCAGCGGAGACGACGGAAGGAACCGUGUUCCUCUUGGGUCCCUUGGAUUUCGAAAAACAAGCCAUGUACCAUUUAACAAUUCUUGCCAAUGAUGCAUAUGCGGAGCCUGGACAAGAUGGGCGCAAUAUUGCUGGCAUUGAAAUCGUUGUUAUCGUCCAAGAUGUACAAGAUCAGCCGCCUGUAUUUACUAUAGCUCCUCCAGUUACAAAACUGCAAUCCGGCAUUCUUCCAGGCGAUAAGAUAUUGCAAGUCCAUGCGGAAGACGGGGACAAGGGAAACCCGCGGGAAGUGCGAUAUGGCCUAGUUUCUGAAAAUAAUCCAUUUACUUCUUUUUUUGACAUCAACGAUACAAGUGGUGAAAUUUUUUUAAUGAGACCACUCGAAGACAUUGCAGCAAUCACGCAUGCGGGCGAUCCCGUCUUACUCACUGUAAUUGCGGAAGAAGUUAAAGUCGGUCGUGACGAACCCGCAGCGAUGGCUUCCACAGUGCAAUUGGCGUUCUUCCUACCGGACCGUACCAACUCGCCUCCUUACUUUGAAAACGAUCACUACGUCACAAGGGUUGACGAGAACGCCUUGCAAGGGACAGCGCUGACGUUCAUGGACCCAUAUGUGCCCAGAGUGUAUGACGACGAUACUGGGAAGAACGGCGUAUUUUCGCUUACGUUGCUGAACAAUAAUGGAACGUUUGAGAUCACACCGAAUGUAGCUGAGCGGAGCGCUUCGUUCCUUAUUCGUGUACGAGACAAUUCGUGGCUGGACUUCGAGCAAAGGCAAUCGGUUCAGUUUAAGAUUUUGGCCCAGGAAUUGGGGCCAGCCACAAAUCUUUCGGCCAUGGUUAACGUCACGGUAUAUAUAAACGACGUAAACGAUAAUACGCCCGUCUUCGAUCAACCAGGCUAUACGGUUGAGCUGCCGGAGAACAUGACGGUAGGCACAAAAGUCGUGCAGGUUCACGCCAGCGACCUCGACACGGGAUUGGGUGGAAAGGUGCGAUAUACAGCUAUCCUCGGAUACCUCAACACUUCUCUCAACCUGAAUGCGGAGACCGGCUUGAUCACUGUCGCGACCAACAGCCAUGGAUUCGAUCGCGAACUAAUGCCCGAGUAUCACCUGUAUGUGGAGGCUCGGGAUAUGGACGGUGCUGGAAAUCGAGCCCAGGUUCCCCUCAUCAUCAAGCUCAUUGAUGUAAACGAUGAAGUGCCCGUCUUCGAUAAGGACCUGUACGAGUUCAUACUCGCAACAGACCUAAUGGGCUUUACAACCAGCGCCUUCAUUCAUGCCACUGACAAGGACGCAACAGCGCCGAACAACGAAGUGCGCUACGAGCUGAUCAACGGCAACUAUCAGAACAAUUUUGUACUGGACAAGGUGACGGGCGAGUUAACGGUCCGGGAAAAGAUCAAUCUGCGUUCUAAAAAGCACGCCAGUCAGAGAAGGCGUCGAGAUGUUGACGCCACGCCGCCAAUCGGCAAUGAAGACGAUUUAUUCAUACUGACCGCUCGAGCUUACGAUCUAGGAGUACCAGUGCGUUCAUCGACCACCUCCAUACGCAUUUACCCACCAGAGAGUCGCAAGCGCAUUGUGACGUUUGUGGUGCCUGGCAGCAAGCUGGACAAGCGCAAGACAGAGGAAACACUAUCGGCGAUAACGGGCGGAAAGGUUUACAUCCAUGAAAUACGACCAUUAAGGCCCGAGGAGCCGGGGGCUAAGGAUAUACCCAAUGACAAUCCGAACAUCAAGGAACGCAGUGUAGUCACAGCGACCGUGCUGUACGACAGCUCAUCCGUGGUUGAUAUCUCGCAGAUACAGCAGCGACUCUCGCAGCACAAUAACUCGUACGCGAUCAUGCCGGAGGACACAACGCGGACCGACACUCUCACUCCCUUGCAGACGCAGUAUAAGGCCGAAAAUAAAGUGCUAUUUUGGCUUCUCAUACUACUGGCCACCCUGGUUGCCCUGACGAUCCUGAUCCUUCUACUCUGCUGUAUAUGCUCCUGGUGUCCUCUGUAUGGCGCAGCAACCAAAAGAAUAGUUAAUAUCAGUAGAACUGAAGACGAUGUACAUCUAGUGCAUAGAGAAAUGGCAAAUGGAAACCAUACAAAAUCUGUUCAGGUCGCAGAGUGGAUGGGAAGACGAGAGGCUUGGUCCGCGGAUAAGCCAUCAGAUACACGUACAAAACCUACCCGCUGGGAGUUCCGCGAUGGACGUGAACAGCCUGAAAACGUAGAAAUGCACCACGCAGGCGUCAACACCGAUGCCGAUGCAGUCCGGCACGCAGAGUCUGAGGAAUACCAGCAGAGACGAGUCCGCAUUAAAAACAGUCAUACAACCAAAGAAGACACACAUCAUAGUUUUCAUAAUUCUAGAACCAAUUUAAUAAACGACCGGGACGUAUAUAUUGAGGACGUAAUGGACGACCAGAACUUAGUGCAAGUCAAGGAGGAGUUCUCCCGCAACAAACAGAAUAGACCAUUGGAGCACAGUCGCUUGAAAAUUUACGACUCGGAUACCAGACAAAUCGACGAUGACUCCAUGCGAAGGCACGAAAUAGACCGAGGAAGCGACAUCGACUUUAAUACUGCCCAGAAUAGUCUAAAGAAUAAGCGCGAACUUUUCAUAAAGGACGGAAAUGUCGAAAUCCUGCAGCUUAUGACACGGGACAAGACUCGGGACGGAGCUGCACUAGACGAUGACAAUAUAUACGUCAAUGUUCCAGUUAAGUCAUCUGCAAACCUCUCGCAUCCACAACUGCUGAUGGUGGACAAUACGGGCAAAGAGAUCCUGAUGCGCCGGUUUAUUGAAGAGCAGCCAGAUGGAAAGCAGAUAAUUCGGGAGCACUAUCAUAUUGUACCAGGCGCAACUUAUAUUCAGUCAAUGCCAAACGAAAUACAAGGAUCUACACUCAAGGGCGACACAUUUCCCUUGGGCAAAUCGGGACCAAACAGCAUUGUCUACUCCCAAACCGAGCCUGAAGUCAAAGUCAUACACACGCAGUCAGUUCAGGGUGCGGAGGACAUAUCACAGCUCCAGCCCGUCGCCCCGAAUCAGUCGCUUACACAGGAACUGGAGCACUCACUCAAGCAGCAAAAUGCGCUUUUGCGUCAGAUAUUGCUGGAAAAAGAGAAACUAGAAACUAGAUAUACACAGCACGAAAUUAUCUUAGAAACACAAAGUCUUCCGGGCCAGUCGAUGGCGAUAGGGACCCAAACUGACUGCGACGCUGGCACCCAAACCGAGCAGACUGAGAAUUUCAGUGCCAAGCAAAUGGUCCACUCGCAGGCCCAAGUCGGCUCCACUCGUCGGCGAGCGCGCAGUGAGAAUGACGACUCGCUGUCGGAAGACGAAUACAAGUACGUGCGCUUUAGCCCCCCAAACAGUCCCGAAGGUGUGUAUUGGAUAAAGCGGCAUCAACCCAAAAGGCGACUACGGCUGCGCGGCAGCUUGCAGCCUCGAAAGAGAAUCGUGAUGGUCGAAGAGGUGAAGCGCAAAAUACGAACCCCCAUAAAGGAGGAGGAGGAGAUGCACGAGAAGAAGAGGCGAAUGCCACCCAAGAAGCCACUCCGCGAGACAAAAACGAGUAUUCUGCGGAAGCAGCUGAGUGACGAAAGCCGAAGAAGUGAUGUGGCCAAAGAGUCCAAUGGCAAGCACAAGUCGGAAGCGCUAAGCCGCGAAGUACUUAUGGAAAUAUCGGACUCUCUGGAUGAAAACGGAAGUCCCAGAUCACGCAGAGGUGAACAGUAUUACGAUAACGUUGAGGGCGAAGUCGACGAAAAUGAUACUGAAUACUCAAUUGAUUCCGAUGACGAUGAGAUUGUAAUUAGAACCAACUCAAACUUAUCAAGCUAUGCUUAUACACGAAGUGUCUACACCAGGGCAUCUCAAGACUCUGGGCGCCAUGAGCCACAAGCGAAAAAUGCAUCCCACCAAAGUAGAUCCGUAAACAUUUCUCCACCACCAGAGCCACACGAAACACAGCCAGAGGCUAGGCCCAGACUUUCCCGUCGGGACAGUUCGAGGCGCAGUCAAAACUCCCGAAAGCAAACGUCUUCGGAACCACCGCACCACCGUAUUUCAGUUUUAAAGCACGACAUGCAAAGAGCCGAAAAUGAUAAAGAGCCGCAUUAUAAUUUAGCUCAUAUAGGGGGAUCAAAGCAAUCCCUAAACGAUCGACUCUACCAAAGUGAAAACGAAUUGGCUGGCCGCGAUGAAUCAACUUCUCGAAACGUACCCAAAUAUAUGGAGUGGUAUUAUAGUAAGAAGAAACCGUCUGUCAGCGGUCGAACUUCAACUGAGUCGUCAAAAUCCCAGAUGUCGGUCAAAAAGAAAAUUUCUGCUACAGAGAAACGUAUGACAAAAAUGAGAAUGAACUCGAAAGUCGAAGAUCAGGCAAAUGAUGAGGCGGCGAGAUUCAAGCCGGAGCCCGCGCCUCGAAGAUCUCCACCAAAGGGCAGUCGGCUGCUCAAAGAGGACAGAGCCUUGAAUAAGCAGCACAAGCCCAAAACAGAGACUGAUACGAAUCAUCCGCUGCUGCAGCAUUCGGAGCAUCGUUUCGAACGAGAGAACGCUCCGGAAGUGCCACCACCACCCACCAAGCUGCCACACUAUAUGUAUCCCGAAACUCCGCCACAUGCGGCACCACCGGACAAGGAUCAGCAAUCGCAGAAGCAUAAGCCGAAGCCGUCUCCCAUCAAGGAGAAUGAAGUAAAGCUGACGAAGUCAAAAAUAAAUCUCUACGUGGAAGACCCCAAUACCGCACACCUCUCAUCUCAUGCUCAAAAGCAACUGAAUGUAUCCACUCUCGAGGACGACCACGACUCGGGCAUCGCCAUGAACUCCCUUAUGAAUAGUAUGGGACGAAGGAAUCCUAUAGCUGAAAAGAAAAGUGUCUUUUCGAUUGCCUACGACGAUGUGAGCCGCGUUAAGAAAAUAGCAUCAGGCGGAGAGUCUCCACAGUAUUCAUAAACAGACAUUUUCAGUCUACAAAUAUAUAUACAUAUACGUCUAUAUGUAUAUAUAUGUGUAUGUGAUAGCCUCUAAGGCUUUAAUCUUUGAAGCGAUAAAUCGUCACACACUUGUACACAAACUGAGCCAAAGUGCUCGCCUCACAAAUUGUAUUGAAUUGUACAUAUAUAUACAUAUCUAUAAAUACAUAUAUCGCAUAUGGAUAAGGGCGUGCAGACCUGUUGAUAUUUAGGAUUAUUGCAUAGUUUUUACUUUACGAAAGGCAUCUAAUAAAUACUCGAAUUACAUCGACGACGACUCUUUAUUAUUAGUUGCAUUAUGUGGCAAGAGCACAAACUACUUUUCAUUAACGAUUUAAUCUCAAUGCUUGAGCGGCAGGUGUUAGGAAUGGAUUAAGCUAACGUAUUUUAAUUUGCAUACUCAAUGUUUCAUCUUACCAUUAUGAAGAUUAUUCCUACUAGAUUUAUUUCCCACAACUCAUAUGUAGGUUAUUUCACUUAAUAAUUGUGUUCCUAUUUUAUACAGUAUCACACAAGCUGAGGACUUUAUGUUUUUAUUUCUCGUACAUCAUGAAAUCAUCAGCAAAACCAGCCAGGUUUCAAUGCUGCUGGCAUUCUGAUCCGAUUCAAUGACAAGAAGAGUUUUAAAAACUAUAUAAACUUAGACUUGAGGUAAUUUAAAAAUUGCUAAAUCAAUUUAGUUUAAAGAUCUGCAAUGUCAUGCAUUUUAUGCCUUUUGCCAUAAAUUUAGAUUCACUUCAAGAAACCGCCAAGUGCUAAAUUUUAAUCUGCCACUUUGUAAGAGCUAAUUAACGAAUGCUUUAGCUCUUUUACUUUGGCUUUUCUAUAAAGAUCAACGCUUAAAUAUAAAAGCCAAUUUAUAAACAAUCUUCAAUCUUCAUUCUUCCAGCCAUAUUUCAUUUCAGAUUUAAAGCACUUUUAUCUGCUUUUUUAUUGUGAAUAAUUGAAGUAUUAUUUAACUGUUAUUUGAAUUGAAGUGAGAUAUUUAAAGUUAGUAUAACUUAGCUUUUGUGUACACCUGAAUCCGUCAAGGAUCGUCGACUAAGACCUACAUGUAGCCACUUUUAAAGUACUCUCAAGAUAUUGUAAAUUUGAAUUAAAGCACAUGAAUAACUUUAAGUAUGAUGCGACCAGAAUUCCCGGACCACUCACACUUUGCAUUUAUGUAUAUGAAUAAUUUAUGCAUGUUUCGUGAUUACUCUUAAAAUAUGAUCAGGAGUUGUUGGCGUUAGUGUGUCAGUCCCGAAAUAAUCGCCGAAAAUUACUUUCGUAAUAACUGCCAUAUUGACAUAAUAUGAUCAAAUGAACACAAUCAGAUCAGAUCAGAUUCUUGUAUAUACAGAUUUACAAAUAAGUUCUAGGCAAACAUGCUGCCAGUUAGAUAAUUGUGUACAUAUUCGUUGUAGGAAUAAACAUUAAUGAUAGAAGCACCGAUUUACUUAACACUCUAUAUAAAUUAUAUUUAUAUUUAAAUUUAAUACACAAUAUGUUUGAGUUAAGCAAAAAUAAAGACCAUAUAUAACUUUUAUAACCGAUUAUUGACUAUUUUCAUUAAAUGUGCCAACUACAUGCAUUAUGUGGUUGCUUGCUCUAUGUCGAAUGCGACCCAUCGGUUAAAAAAUCUAUAAUUUUGGAUAUGCCAUGUCCUAAUGAGCGGGCUAUGAAUAAACGUAAAAUAGAUUACGACGGCUGUUUUAUAUCUUUGUUCAAAAAUUUCUAAAAAGAGUUUACUGUUCUGAACUAUCUAUUUGUGAGGAUUAGACCCAGACUCAAGAGGCGUAAGAUUUCCGUCCAUAUAAAAAAGGAAAAACGGAUGGAUAGCGGGACGGACUUUGCACACUUUGUUAAAAUAAUACACAAAAUUUAAAGAGAACACUUGUUUAAGAUAUUGUAAAUGUUUUUAUUGUAUAUAGACGUUAAAUGGAAUAAAUAAAUUAUUAGAGUUUCUCAUAUAUUUUUAUAAAUAUUUAUCAAAGCUUAAAAGUAAUGUUCAUUUGUUGUCGACGACUUCAAAG